UGCGGCCGCAUACUAGAUUGUGUGCUCUCCCUUAGCUCAUCUUCUUCUUCCUCUCGACAGAAUCUCAAUCUCAACGAUGGUUUUCGAAACAUUCGAAGUGGGCACUGUACCUUUCAAUUCCGAUGGCUGGGGACCUCCAGAUGCUUCCGAAACUUCCUCCACCAGCGUCGCCGCGGCGAAUCUCCUCCCAAACGUCCCCCUGGCUUCCUUCUCACGCUCGGAGAAGCUAGGACGCGUCGCCGAUUGGACCCGAGCUCUCUCCAACCCCUCCGCUCGUCCUCCCACCGGAUCCAAAUCAGAUCCCUCCGCCAUCUUCGAUUUCUCCGCUUUCGCCGUCGACGAAGGCUUCGGUCUCGCUAACUCCGCCGGAAACGCCGACGAGGACGCAGCGUUCCGAUUGGUCGACGGCAAACCGCCGCCGCGUCCCAAAUUCGGACCGAAAUGGAGAUUCAACCAGUACCAUAACCGUAACCAGCUUCCCCAGCGCCGCGACGAGGAAGUGGAAGCCAAGAAACGAGAAGCCGAGAAGGAUCGAGCUCGUCGCGAUCGUCACUACAAUAUGAACCGUAACAAUAUCCACCAGCAGCGACGAGAAGCCGCAGCGUUUAAGUCGUCGGUGGAUAUACAGCCAGAGUGGAAUAUGCUCGAGCAGAUUCCUUUCUCCAGCUUCUCUAAGCUCUCAUUCACUGUUCAAGAACCCGAGGAUCUCCUCCUUUGCGGUGGUCUCGAGUGUUACGAUCGGACUUUUGAUCGCAUCACUCCUAAAGCUGAGCGUAGGCUCGAGCGUUUCAAGAAUCGUAGCUUUAAGGUUACGACGAGCGAUGAUCUCGUCAUCAGGCGUCUCGCUAAGGAGGACAAAGCGACUGUUUUCGCAACCGAUGCGAUCCUUGCUGCUCUCAUGUGUGCUCCUAGGUCGGUUUACUCGUGGGAUCUUGUGAUUCAGCGAGUAGGGAACAAGCUCUUCUUUGAUAAGAGAGAUGGGUCUCCUCUUGAUCUGUUGUCUGUUCACGAGACUUCGCAAGAGCCGUUGCCUGAAGGGAAAGACGAUAUCAACUCUGCUCAUUCUCUCGGCGUGGAGGCUGCUUUCAUCAACCAGAACUUCGCUCAGCAGGUUUUGGUUAAGAAUGGAAAGAGGGAGACUUUUGAUGAGCCUAUCCCUAAUGCUAACGAAGGUGAAGAGAAUGCUUCUAUUGCUUAUAGGUAUAGGAGGUGGAAGCUUGAUGAUAGUAUGUAUCUAGUCGCUAGGUGUGAGUUGCAGAGCACUGUUGAACUGAAUAACCAGAAAUCGUUCCUCACUUUGAACGCUCUUAACGAGUUUGAUCCUAAGUACUCUGGUGUUGAUUGGAGACAGAAGCUAGAGACUCAGAGAGGUGCGGUUUUAGCUAAUGAGUUGAAGAAUAAUGGUAAUAAGUUAGCUAAGUGGACCGCACAGGCUCUGUUGGCUAAUGCGGAUAUGAUGAAGAUUGGUUUUGUUUCUAGGGUUCAUCCUCGUGAUCAUUUCAACCAUGUUAUUCUAUCGGUUCUGGGGUAUAAGCCGAAGGAUUUUGCUGGGCAGAUUAAUCUGAACACUUCCAACAUGUGGGGAAUUGUGAAGUCCAUUGUUGAUCUGUGUAUGAAGCUGAGUGAAGGAAAGUAUGUUCUAGUGAAGGAUCCGUCCAAGCCUCAAGUUAGGAUUUACGAGGUUCCAGCUGAUGCUUUUGAGAAUGAUUAUGUGGAAGAGCCUCUACCUGAGGAUGAACAGGUUCAGCCACCUGAGGAGAACAACACUGAAGGAGGAGGAGCAGAGACUAAUGAAACUGCAGAGGAUAAGAAACCCGAAGGUCAGGCCUGAUUAUGGUAAAUGUCAAAGACUUGUUUUGAGUUUUUACCUUUCUUUAAUGUUCCAAAGUUGUGCUCUUUUUGAAGAGCUGAACGGUUCAUUUUACUGGUUUAUGCUUUUAUCUUGUAGAAGAUUUUUGAACCUUAUGAGUCUUCUUGUUUGAAUAACUAUUGAGAGCUUUUGCAA